AUGACUAGGAUCGCUAUCGUGUGUGUGGUUCUCGUGGUCUUCGCUAUGACUCAAGCGACACCAGAUAAUUGUAGAGAGUUUGUUAACUCAGUUGUAAAAGAAUUCACAUCAUAUUGGCCGGAACUAAAACUAGUAACUGGGAAACCACGUCAUAGCCAAAGUCAAGGUUCCGUGGAAAGGGCUUAUCAAGAAGUUGAAAAUAUGCUAGCUUCUUCAAUGGAAGACAAUAAAACCACUAACUGUUGUAAUAGAUGUGUAAAUGGACUUAAAUUUGUUCAAUUCAUGAAGAACAUAGCAUUUCACUCGGGGAUAAAGCAGUCUCCGUAUCAAGUAAUGUUUGGAACGGAACCUAAAGUGGGGCUUACAACAUCUAAUCUACUUUUGGAAAUUAUAAGCGGAUUACAUAAUGAAGAAGACUUGAAAGUUGCAAUCACAGAAAUGAAUCAAAACUUCGAUGAUAAUGAAGAGAACCAAGAAAACAAGAAAAACUUGAAACAAAAAAAAACACGUAAAGAACAAGAGGAAAUCAAAGAACAAGGAGAAAACAAAGAACAAGAAGAAAUAUUUGAACACAACAGAAACGAAUCAAUGAUAUUGGAAGCAAGAGAAAAAGCUCAUUUGAAUUUAGUAAAACAAGCAAAGAGAAUGAAAACAGCAAGCCAUCAAUCUCAUCUACUACUGAAAGUUGGAGACAAUGUGACCAUACCAAUCGCAGACGUAGACAAAGGAAAGGCAGACCUUCGUAAUUUAAUUGGAGUUGUAUUAGAAGUUACUUAUCCGAAUUUGAUGGCUGCAAAGAAAAAUUUAUCCGGCGGGAUGAGCAAGGAAAAUGACUAUAUCAAUAUUCAUGAAAGAGCACCAACUGUCACACACCUCGCUGUUCAUUUAGAAAACGGACAGCGGGUGUAUUUCACUGAAAAUAAUGUAAAUGACAUUGUGAAUAAUCCAAGAGAUACUACUUUAACAGCGUUUUUCAAACUAUGUGCAGAGGACGACUUCGCAAAAACUCUGACCUACGACAAGGGGGCGGUAGUUCUCGGGUACCCUGGCGUGAGAAAAACAGAUGCUCUUGGAAGGGUGUACGUGGUACACCCUAAUAAUGCAGAAUGUUUUCAUUUGCGGUUGUUACUCCACGUUAUAAAAGGCCCUACUUCGUUUAGAAGUCUCCGCACUUUUGAAGGUGUAACUUACGACACAUUCCAAGGGGCUUGCAAAGCUAUGGGCCUCCUCGAAGAUGACAGUCACUGGGAGAGUACGCUCUCUGAAGCAGCCAUAUGCUGUUCACCAAAAUCACUUAGGUGCCUUUUUGCCAUUAUGAUAUCGUUCUGCCAAAUCACGGACCCGCAUCUUCUUUGGCAAAACUAUCAGGAAAGUAUGUCCGAAGAUAUACUGCAACGCAGACGACAAGAAUUGUCAUCAGAUGAUUUAGAGUACGACCAAAAUAUUUUUGAUGAAGCUUUAAAUGAAUUAAAUAAAGAGGUCGAAUCUCUAUCAGGUAAAAGUAUAAAAGAUUUUGGUUUUAACUUGCCGUUAAAUUCAAAUCUUUAUGCAAUGAACAACAUCGAGGAUUUACGAGAGACUGACUAUGAUUACACCCAACUCUUACAGACAAUUCAAGAUGAACAUCGCUUAAAUCCAGAACAAAAAAUUGUUUACGACCAAAUAUUGUCAUCAGUUAAUAGUAAUGAAGGGAAAAUGUUCUUUCUAGAUGCACCCGGGGGCACGGGUAAAACAUUUAUAAUUAAUUUAUUAUUAGCAAAAGUAAGGUCUGACAGAAAAAUUGCUCUUGCCGUGGCGUCGUCCGGUAUUGCAGCCACACUUUUGAAAGGCGGGCGAACUGCACAUUCCACUUUCAAACUACCUUUAAAAAUUUGCAGUGACGACGUCUCUAGCGUUUGUAACAUCUCAAAACAGAGUAAAACAGGUAAUGGUGCAUUUCAAUCCGGAAAUGUUAAAAUCAAUCUUAGUAACCUAUGUGCUUUGGUUCAAAAUGUGGAAGAAUUGGUUGAGACCGUAUAUCCCGAUAUUACUAAUAUAACUACAAAGACUUUAUGUUGGUUUAAGGAAAGGGCUAUAUUGGCACCUACUAAUGAACAGGUUGAUAAAAUUAAUCAUUUAAUUAUUUCCAAGUUUGAAGCACCAUCACAGAUAUACUAUUCAGUUGAUACAGUUUUGGAUACCGCAGAGGCAGUACAUUAUCCAACUGAAUUUUUGAAUUCUUUAGUUCCUCCCGGAAUUCCUCCACACAAGUUAAUAUUAAAAGUGGGUUCACCGGUGAUAUUACUUAGAAAUUUAAAUCCCCCAAAAUUGUGUAAUGGCACGAGACUCAAAAUAGUUAAAUUAAAAAACUUUCUAAUCGAAUGCACUAUUUUAACUGGCUGUGGUACUGGUGAUACUGUUUUAAUUCCCAGAAUACCGAUGAUUCCCUCCGAAUUACCCUUCCAAUUCAAAAGACUGCAAUUUCCAAUCAAAUUAGCCUUUGGUAUUACUAUUAAUAAGGCACAAGGCCAAACUUUAAAAGUGGCAGGAAUAGAUUUAACUGAUCAAUGUUUUUCUCACGGCCAGUUAUAUGUUGCCCUUUCAAGGGUGACAUGUAAAAAUAAUCUGUUUGUGUUUACUAACAAUCCGUCAGAAGUAAUGAACGUUGUGUAUAAGGAAAUAUAUCAAUAG